AUGAAGGCCUUUCGGCUGUUUUGCCAGGGUGACACCCUGCAGGCUGAUCUGUGGCAGCUGACUGACACAGGUUAUGUGGAUUCAUCUAGCCAUCUCUUGGACAGAGUCGUGAAGGCCUGUUCGGAUCCUGAUGACCGUCACGUCAUCAUGCGACACUUGCAGGAGCAUCUAUCCAUCUCCAGCAACUGGCGACACCUUCUGGGAGGUUUAACUCUUCUGCUGGAGCUGGUAAAGCAUGGGCCUCCCAUGCUGUUUGUGGAAAUUGGCAAUGGAUAUCACUUUGAUCCUGUGCAGCGCCUCAGCUUCCUCGAGAAUUUCCAGUAUGCAGAGGAUCCUCGAGUUCAGAAGCUGAUUCGGAACAAGGCGAUGAGCCUGCGCACUGCACUCAUGCAGAGGAUGCGCUCAGGUGAUACUUGCCCUGAUGAUGGGAAGAGCAUCUCCAGUAGCGAUCCAUACACGUUGCCAAAAUGGAGGCAAGGGCCCAUCAAUGGGCUUGGUGGUGUAGAGCUGAGCUGCCAGGUUAUGAGAUUUUACUGGGGUAUUGCACAUACUGGUAAUUAG